UCCUCUGUGGAGUCGCCAGCGAGGGCGCUCGAGGGAAAGGUGUGGCGGCGGCGGCGGCGGCCCCUCUUCCUCCUCUUCCUCCAUGGCGUGGAGCCGGCGGGGAAGCAGAAGGAGCCGGGGCUGAGUGCCCUGUCCGCUCAUGGAAACCACCCCGGUGGGCUUGGCGGCGGCCACCGAAGGGGCGUUGGGAGAAGACGAGGAGGAGACCCCGCCGGUCAUUUACACCAUGGAGAACAAGCCCAUCGUUACCUGUGCUGGUGAUCAGAAUCUCUUCAGUUCUUUGUAUCCCAUACUUUCUCAGCAGCUUCCAAGAGAGCCCAUGGAAUGGAGGAGGUCUUAUGGACGUGCUCCUAAGAUGAUUCAUCUAGAAUCUAAUUUUGUGCAAUUUAAAGAAGAGCUGCUACCUAAAGAAGGAAAUAAAGCUCUUCUCACAUUUCCGUUUCUCCAUAUUUAUUGGACAGAAUGCUGUGACACAGAAGUAUACAAAGCUACAGUGAAAGAUGAUAUUACUAAGUGGCAGAACGUCCUGAAAGUUCACAGCUCUAUGGAUUGGUUAAUUGUGGUAGUAGAAUGUGAUGCCAAGAAAAAAAACAAAACUAAUAUUCUUCCACGGACCUCUAUAGUAGAUAAAAUAAGAAAUGACUUCUGCAACAAGCAGAGUGACAGGUGUGUAGUACUGUCAGACCCUUUGAAAGAUACUUCCCGUUCUCAGGAGUCCUGGAAUGCUUUCUUGACAAAACUCAGGACAUUGCUUCUUAUGUCCUUUACCAAAAACCUAGGCAAAUUUGAGGAUGAUAUGAGAACUUUGAGGGAGAAGAGGACAGAACCAGGAUGGAGCUUUUGUGAAUAUUUCAUGGUUCAGGAAGAAUUAGCCUUUGUCUUUGAAAUGCUGCAACAGUUCGAAGAUGCCCUGGUGCAAUAUGAUGAACUAGAUGCUCUGUUCUCCCAGUAUGUUGUCAACUUUGGUGUUGGUGAUGGAGCAAAUUGGCUGACUUUUUUCUGUCAGCCAGUGCGAAGUUGGAACGGGCUGGUUCUUCGUAAACCAAUAGACAUGGAGAAAAGAGAAUUGAUUCAAAAUCAAGAAGCUACUCUGCUAGAUCUACGCAGUUACCUCUUUUCGCGCCAAUGCACAUUGCUGAUCUUCCUUCAAAGGCCAUGGGAAGUGUCUCAGCGGGCACUAGAACUUCUUCACAAUUGUGUACAGGAGCUAAAGCUCCUUGAAGUUUCUGUUCCCCCUGGUGCUUUGGACUGCUGGGUCUUCUUGAGCUGUUUGGAGGUUUUGCAGAGAAUAGAGGGUUGCUGUGAUCGGUCUCAGAUAGAUGCUAAUGUUUCCCACAUGGUUGGCUUAUGGAGUUACGCCACCGAAAAAUUGAAAUCUCUGGGUUACUUAUGUGGUCUCGUAUCAGAAAAUGGACCUAAUUCAGAAGAUCUUAAUAGAACUGUUGAUCUUCUUGCUGGACUUGGAGCGGAACGUCCUGAGACAGCCAAUGCAGCACAAUCUCCUUAUAAGAAACUCAAAGAGGCCUUAUCAUCUGUAGAAGCUUUUGAAAAGCAUUACUUAGAUCUUUCCCAUGCCACCAUUGAAAUGUAUAAAAACAUCGGAAGAAAUCGUUCUGCAAAGCUUGUUGGAAAGGAUCUAGCAGAGUUUUAUAUGAAGAAGAAGAGUCCUCAAAAAGCUGAGGUUUACCUUCAAGGAGCAUUAAAAACCUACCUUGCUGAGGGAUGGGCAUUGCUUAUUACACAUACACGGAAGCAACUAGCAGAAUGUCAGAAGCAUCUUGGACAAAUUGAAAACUAUCUCCAAACAAGCAGUCUUCUGGCUAGUGAUAACAACUUAACAGAAGAAGACCGCAAACACUUUUGCCAAGAAAUACUAGAUUUUGCCAAACAACCUGCAGAAGAAGGCCAGAAGGUUACAUUGCCCAUGCUUUCCUUCGCACAGUUGAAGAAUCUACAUUUUGAUCCUCCUAAUGCUGUGAUCCACGUAGGUGGAACACUGUCUGUAGAAUUGACAUUAGAAAAUCAGAUGCCUAUCCCAGUGAAUGUGGAUCACAUUGCUAUUAAUGUCCAUUACAGCAUUGAAAAAAAUAGCUACAGGAAGACAGCAGAAUGGCUUACAAAACACAAGACUUCCAAUGGUAUUAUAAGCUUUCCAAAUGAAGUUGUAGGUCUGUCUCUGGGAAGAGGUAGCCUUCCAAUGCUGGAGUUGUAUGAGAUGUAUGAAAGGAGCCCAUCAGAUAAUUCUUUGAACACAACUGGCAUCAUCUGCAAAAAUGUUCACAUGUUGUUACGAAGGCAAGAGAGCUGUUCUUCUCUAGAAAUACCCAUGGGGCUGACUCUUGAGGAUGGUGCCCAUGUGUUAAAGUGUAGCAACUUCAUGCUGGAACCAGGAGUCAAUAAAAUUGCUUUCAGAACCCAGGGCAAAGAACCUGGGACAUACACACUCAGGCAGUUAUGCAUUUCAGUGGGCAAAAUGCAAUUUGUCCUUCCUCAUAUUUACCCGAUUGUACAAUAUGAUGUCUACUCUCAGGAGCCACAGCUAAAAGUAGAACCUUGUGCUGAUAGCCUUUUGGCUGGCAUUCCUCAGAAGGUAAAAUUUACAGUGACUACUGGCCAUUAUACCAUAAAGAAUGGAGAUGCACUACAGCUAAGUAAUGCUGAUGCCAUGGUAGUCUUGUACCACCCAGAAAGUAAAGCUGUGAUUUACUCAAACACUAAAGGAGAAAAAGCAUCAGAAGUACCACUAAUCAUUCAGUCAUCUGAGAAAAUCACAAGCAUUAGCUUACCAAUGGCUCCUGCAUAUCAUGUGAUUGCCUUUGAGCUCGAAGUUUUGUACUUGCCAUCAACCCCAAUAGGUAUAAUGGAAAAUGAGCAUCAAGUCAGUAAAGAUGUUCGGCGAAAAAGUAAAGAGAAAGAGACAUCUAACAGUGGCAUGGCUGCAGUUGACCAAAAGAUAACUGUUGAUUGUCCAUGGUCAAUUUACUCUACCAUUAUUGCUCUUACAUUCAGCAUACCCUUUAGGGCCAAGCAUUCUUUAUUAUCUACAGGCAAAAGGAAAUAUAUACAGAUUUCUGUGCAGAACAUGUCAGAAAUCUCUUUUCAUUUAUCUGACAGUAAUCUGAAAAGUUUUGAGAAUGGUGCAGAUUUAAGUCUUGAAUCUCUAAAUUGCAAAGCUAAACAGUGCAUCUACAGUAAGCAAGCAGUGUAUUUUGUCUGGGAAUUGAAAUGGAAAAAAGAGCUUCCUUCAUAUUUGCAGUGCCAGUUCUCACUGAGCUUUUCAUCAGCACCCUCUGAAGAGCAUUCGCUUUCUCUGAAGCCGUACACUUACGAAUUCCAACUGGAAAACUUUUUUACAUUGUACAACGUGAAAGCUGAGAUUUCGCCCCCAUCGGGGGCAGAAUACUGUAAAACAGGCUCACUCUGCUCAUUGGAAGUGUCAAUAACUCGCCUUUCAGACCUCCUGGAUGUGGAUAAAGAUGAAGCAUUAACAGAAUCUGAUGGAUACUGUACAACGAAAUUAAUGUAUGAAGUUGUAGAUAACAGUAGUAACUGGGCAGUCUGUGGAAAAAGCUCAGGAGUGAUAUCAAUGCCAGUUGCUGUCCAAGCAACCCACAAAGUACACAUGGAAGUAAUGCCACUCUUUGCUGGUUACCUCCCUUUUCCUGAUGUUAGGUUAUUUAAAUACCUCCCUCACCAUUCUGCACACUCUAUGCAGCUUGAUGCUGAUAGUUGGAUUGAAAAUGAUAACCUCUCUGUGGAUAAGAAUAUGGAUGAUCAAGCUGACAGCAGUAGCAUAAAGAGCAGAGGCAGCAUACAUUCAGCAGCCAGUGCAGAACACAAAGGUUUGCCAAUGCCCCGGCUGCAAUCAUUUUCUCCAGGACAGGUCUUCAAUUCCAGCGCUGGCAUGCAAAUACUUGUUAUUCCCAGCAAGGAUGAUCAUAUUCUGGAGGUCAAUGUCACAUGACAGCUGUCUUUCAAUGAGGAUAGAUAUGCACAUGAGACUUGAAUUUAAAUGCACUUUAAGGGAUUAUAACCUGAUUGUUCUUCACUGAAACAUUCUAACGCUAACAAGGCCUAUGGCAACGCAACCCUUCCUGGCCCUGGAAGCAUCAAAUAAUUGUAUCAAUUUAAAUGUACAGUGAUGCCUGUGUCAGCUAGUUUAUAUUGCUACGUUAGAGUGUUUUGUGUCUAAAAUGAAUUUUGGGGUUUGGGUUUUUUUUUUCUGUCAUCCUGCUGGUGAAAUAAAAGAUGCUUAAUCUAAUUGGUUCUUUAAUUUCAGCAGUUCUCUGAAUUGCAAUUUAUUUGGGAGUAAUUAGAUUUCUUUUCAAAAAUAUUUCAGGUUGACAUAUAGUAAGCCUUGCAGUGUGGCUGUUAAUGACUGAAGUGUGGGCUUUCCUUGUCACACGUCUGUCAGGUUUCCUGGACCAGGAUAACUCUCUGUAUAAUACAGUGUAUGAUUCCUAAUCACAGAGCUGUCUGCAAGAUUCUAAAUAUGUGUAUAUAUUUUCUUGAAGACUUCACUUCUGUGCCUUGGAAUAUAUUACAUUUUUUGGCCCGCUAGCACUUCUGAACUCAUACCAUGUAGAGAGCUGUUACUUAAAUUCACCAAGGGAAAACACACAGACAGGCAAACACACAUUCAUUCCUUUCUAUUGUGGUGCAAGUAAUGAAGUGGCACACAAGUGGUUAAGUUGAGAGUAAAAAUUCACUGGAUUAAGUUCUCCCCCAAGAUUGAUAUUUAAGUGAGUUACUAUAUUGAGUCUAAUUAUAUAGCUUUUUAAUUCAAUAUUUCACUUGAUAUUUAAGAAAACCAAAGUUUCUUUUCCCCCGUUCCAACUGCUGUUAACUUAUUAUGGACUACAGAGCCAUAUAUGUAUUUGCACCUUAUUCUAAAAUAAUUGGAGAUAAAUAGAGGGAAGAGUUGUAGAGAACCUUAUUUGAUUGAUCUUAUAGUUUAGUUAUAGGGAGGUUUAAGGUCCUGAUUUGAAUCCCUUCUGGUCCAGCAAACUACAGUUACACCAUACCAACUGAUUGUUUUUCAGUUGUAAAUGUAUUGUAUAAAUGAUUAUUUUUAAAAGUCUAAACUAACCUAACUGAUGUAAUGUCUGUGUAUAAUUUGCUCUGGGAAUCAAGGACAAAAUAAAUGUGUUUUUAUUCGUGUGAAAGUCAAAGCUUGUAAAUAAGUCUAGUGUGUAGAAUCUUUU